CGGAAGGUUUACGGAGGUGCACACAUGACAAUGGCGUCAUGCGCGGAGAGCAGCGAAGCUGAUGAUGAAGUGCUCGAUCCCGGAGCUGCUCCUUACGGCAACUUUAUCAACUACUACACCUUCAACCCUCCGGACAACCGUCUGAGUCUGAUCCCGACCUCCCUGCUGCAGGAUUUAGGCCUCAGCGGCCAGCAGACCACACUGAUCCUGGAUGUGGGCUGUAACUCAGGGGAGCUGAGUGUUGCCCUUUACCAGCAUCUGGUGCAGGAUCCUGUGAGCAAAGAAGAGUCGGACAGGAGGAGAGUUCAUCUCCUCGGCUUCGACUUGGAUGAAGCCCUGAUUCGGCGGGCGCAGCAGACCAAUCCUCUGCACGACAGCAUCACCUUCAUCCCUCUGGACAUCACUGGAGACACCAACCGGCUGCAGGACUACCUCCACCAGCACGGCUGCUCCUGCUUCCACCUGAGUCUGUGCCUGGCUGUCACCAUGUGGGUCCAUUUAAACCACGGGGACUCCGGCCUGCUGCAGCUGCUCUCUCACCUGGCCUCCAUCAGCCAGCACCUCUUGCUGGAGGCCCAGCCCUGGAAGUGUUACCGCUCCGCAGCCCGACGGCUCAGGAAGCUGGGCCGCUCAGACUUCGACCAUUUUAAGACACUGAAGAUCCGGGGGGACAUCGCAGAUCACGCCAGGGAGCAUCUGGAGAGACACUGCGGCAUGGAGCUCAUCCAGAGCUUUGGCAGCACUGCAUGGGACCGGAAGCUGCUGCUGUUCAGGAGGAGCAAUUUUCACCUGCUGCAGAAGAGAUGUUCCAGAAGGCUGGACACAACAGUGAAGCUGGAUGAUUAGUUGAUCAAUGUUAAGCAACAUUAAGAUUGUCAGGUUUCAAACAAAAAUGCCAGAAUUGUUGACUCCAUUGCAUUUUUCUAUCCAAAUUUUAGCAUUUGUGACAGACUUAAAUGGUCAUUAACUAAGUAUCUUUGGGUUUUGUGUUCUUAUAUAUAGACUCAAGUCACUUCACACAUUUUGCACUAUUGAUCGGUGAAUCAAGACAACUGACAGAUUAAUCAAUAACGACAAGUGGGCUACAACAGAUGAUUAUAUUCAUUAUUAAUCUGCCAAUUUUUUCAUGACCGUAUUGUUGAUAAAAUGUUAGAAAAUACUGUAAUUUCCAGACUAUAAGCCGAUACUUUUUUCACACACUUUGAACCCUGUGGCUUAAACAAUGAUGCGGCAAAUUUAUGGAUUUUUACGGGCGAGCUUCAUGCUGCCAGUACAUUUAGCCUCGUCACAUCAGAUCAAUGAAAUUACUGAACAGGUCACAGUGGACCAAUGAAACAGUUCGAAUUAAAUCAAACGCACUCAGCGUGAACUGACUCAAUGCAUUUUACUGCCGUGUUACAGGCACUGCUCAGAAAAAAAAUCAUUUAUUUAAUUACAAGUAAAAAAAAAUCUUUGUGUAAAUAUCUCAUGUUACAACAUGGACACCUGCGGCUUAUAGAAAAGUGGGGCCUAUAUAUGUCCAUUUUUUUUUUCCUUUUUAAAUUUAGUGGGUGCGGCUUAUAUUCAGGUGCGCUCAAUAGUCCGGAAAUUACGGUACCAAUAUGUGUCCAUUAAGAGUUCAGAGUGUAAGGUGACCUUUUCAAGUCUUCUGUCAAAUAGAUCUUCUAUUUAUACAAGUGGAAUAAAACUGGAGAAAAGCAACAAAUUGUUUUUUGCUUUAAAAAAAUACAGCAAUUUGACUAAUUAUUGCAGGUCUUGUGAAAUUGUAGCAUUAAUGACAAGAACUGCUCCAGAAAACUGGGACCUGCAGCACAAAACCUUUUGUUGUUCCUUUCCAGAAAAUACUUAUUUAUUCCAAUAGUUACAUUUUUGCCAAUUCUCUAGCUUUGCAAUGGUCAUUACCAUUACAGAUUAAAUGGCGAAGAAGUGUUUCACCUGACUGAACCACAGCAAAACCACAAAACAAAAACCUCAGCACAUUGUAAUUUUCAUCAUUUUAAUUACAGAAUACUAAAAAUAACAUUACAUAAAAUGUCUUUUUAAAAGAAACCAUUGAAUAUUACAAAGGUUGUAAAUUUUGUAAAGUUAGGAUAUAAAAUCUUUGAACAGUGGUGCAUAAUUGAAAAAGAAAAAUAAUUUUCAUAAAAUGUAUAUAUUAACUGUUCUACUACAUAAAAAAUGAGAUGGACACAAAUCGCAGACAGACGAGAUGAGUGGACACCGCCAUUACCGCAGUGAGCUCUCCUUUCGAAGGAAGAAAGACUUGAGAUGCACAGCACACACCACAAUCAGCUUAAGUUCGCAACUUAUGUCUAUGUUCAAAAUGAAAAAAAAAGAAAAAAGAGGGGUUACCAUUUACAACAGGGGAAAACAAACAAGCUCAAGAGACUAAAAAAAGUGACUUGGUGACUGCUCCCAAUAUUCACACACAUCUCGAUGGGUAAAAAAAAAAAAACCCAGACUACACUGGCCUUGGUUCCAUUAACACACCUUUUUCCACAGGUUCACGCUGUACAAAAAUGUUCAAAAUGUUGAGAAACCUCAUACUUAAAUCAUUCCGCCAAGACAGGGAAAUAACGAUCAGGUGUCUUUCGGUCUCCUAACGCAGCCAUUCCUACAUCCUACUGUACAACUGGUCAGUCAGAUCCACUGAAAGCAACCAUGGUCUCAAUUCGAUAUCAGGAGGUCAACCUUAAAGAAGUGGAAUACAUUAUACGCAAGGGGGGAAAGAAUGAAAGGGGGAAACAUGCAUAAUCCGACAGUGUGCUUGCUUUCUUCCUCUUCUCUCUGAGUUUUGCUUCACCCUGUGUCACUUCAUCGUGAGCCCUUGUCGCCGAUGUUUUCGUCAACGCCACAGAAUUGCUCAAAAAAAAAAAAAAACAA